AGAUUUUUCUGAUUCUUUUGAUGAGUUUUGACGCCGACCCAUGAAGAAUUUCCUCUGGUUUAAGCAGAUUUCCAGCAAUGGCAAGCCUGAGAGGAGCCUCUCGCUGGGUGAGUACAAUCGUGCAGUCUCAUGGUCCAAGUACUUGGUGUCGUCAGGGGCUGAGAUUAAAGGGGAAGGAGAGGAGGAGUGGAGUGCGGACAUGUCACAGUUGUACAUUGGGUGUAAAUUUGCUUCCGGAAGGCAUAGUAGGAUUUACAGAGGGGUUUAUAAGGAGAGAGAUGUGGCGAUUAAGCUGAUAAGCCAGCCUGAGGAGGAUGAAGGGUUGGCUGUUUUGCUUGAGAAGCAGUUCACUUCUGAGGUUGCUUUGCUUUUUCGAUUGCACCAUCCUAAUAUCAUCACUUUUGUUGCAGCUUGUAAGAAACCUCCUGUGUUCUGCAUUAUCACCGAGUAUUUAGCUGGGGGAUCGUUAAGGAAGUAUCUUCAUCAGCAGGAGCCACAUUCUGUUCCGCUUAGCCUAGUUAUGAAGUUAGCCCUCAACAUUGCACGCGGGAUGCAAUAUCUCCAUUCUCAAAGUAUACUUCAUAGGGAUCUCAAGUCAGAAAAUUUAUUGCUAGGGGAAGAUAUGUCUGUAAAGGUUGCGGAUUUUGGUAUUUCAUGCCUAGAAUCACAGUGCGGCAGCGUAAAGGGAUUCACGGGUACUUACCGCUGGAUGGCACCCGAAAUGAUCAAAGAGAAACACCAUACAAAGAAAGUCGAUGUUUACAGUUUUGGAAUAGUUCUGUGGGAGCUUUUAACGGCAUUGACACCAUUUGACAACAUGACUCCUGAACAGGCUGCAUUUGCAGUAUCGCAGAAGAUCAUGUGGGGACCUGCUGCAUUUGGCCAUCCUUAUUUUUGCAGGAAAUGAAAUCUCCUAAAAUCGGAGAAAUAUAUUAAAUCCUACAUCUUUUUCGUUGUUGAUAAGAUAUAUUAAAGCACUGGUGAUCAUGCACUAAUACAGGUAGACAUCUAAAGGAUGUGGAGAGUUGCAUUUAAUGUUUGUUUAAUUCCUGUCUCAUAAAGAACGUAAAACUUCAGCGAUUUCCUAAUCGCCUUCUACCAAGAAGAAGCAUGCUGGCAUCUAAUGAUCUGUUUCAGUUUUUCCUGUUGGCAUCUUGCACCUGUUAUGAUUUUGUGGAAUAAAUGGGAACUCCGUCUGUUUUCCCACCUUGAAUUCUCACUUGCCACCCAUGUAAACCGCUUUUGUUGCUGUGUUUUGAAACCUUUUAACAUGAAGCUGACCUGUUAUGGAGAUAUAUGUGUCGAUCUCCUUUUAGUUCUGAACUAUGGAUAUUCAACUUGUUCGUGUCAUUGCACUAUUCUGAACAACGCCUGGUAUGUAAUGGCAUCAUUAUGCAAAUCAGUUUACUUGGUUGUGCU